UCUCUUCCGCUCUGCAUGUCCCGGAUGAAGCUGCCAUUGGGGCAAGUGAGCAGGGCUACCGAGGCUGCUAGGAAUUUAAUUUAUUGGUGCGAGGGUCGGAGCGGAUUGAAGCCUCGCGGGAUUAAUGUCGACAACAGCACCUCUCACAGUGGCAGCACGGCUACGGCGAGCAAACUGUCCGCGUCCAGACGAGAGGCCGAUUCUUAGCUGCCAUUGACUGUAAAAGUGUUAGCAAAGUAACGCGGAGCAAGGCAAAGGCUCAUUCACGUUAGCUUUUCUAGCACCAGAAGCACCGCCGAGUUUUUUGCAGCUUCCCCACACUGCAUCUCGCCAGGGCUGUAGUCCAAAACCGCACCUGCUGAAUGAAUGAUGUCGGCUACGAGUAUAGACCCUCAGACAUCAAAAGGACAAGAUGCAAGCAAAGCUUUUCCAGUGUCUGUGCAAAAUGGUUCCCUUCACCAAAAGGAUACAAUGCAUGACAAUGACUUUGAGCCUUAUCUCACUGGCCAGUCUAAUCAGAACAACAGUUAUCAAUCGAUGACUGACCCGUACCUGUCCAGUUACUAUGCUCCCUCCAUUGGUUUUCCUUAUCCGCUCAGUGAAGCUCCGUGGUCAACUGGAGGAGACCCACCCAUCCCGUACCUGACCCCCUAUGCUCCCCUCAGCAAUGGAGACCACCACUUCAUGCAUGACACCGUGUUUGGGCAGCCUGGAGGCCUCAGCAGCAGCAUUUACCCUCACAGGUUUAACUUUUUCCCAGAGAAUCCCGCUUUUUCGGCCUGGGGCACCAGUGGCUCUCAAGGCCAGCAGACUCAGAGCUCAGCUUAUGGGGGCAGUUACAGUUACCCCCCCAGCUCACUUGGGGGAACAUUGGUCCCAGAUGGACAGACAGGCUUCCACAGUGACACCCUGAGCAAGGCGCCAGGCAUGAACAGUUUGGAGCAGGGCAUGCUGGGAUUGAAAAUCGGAGGAGAUGUGAGCAGCGGCUCAGGGGUGAAGGGGGCAGGGUCGGUGAUUGGAGGUGGGAGUGUUGCUGCGGUUCCUACGGGCAAUGGCGGCACAACUCUAGGAAUGCCACCUCCAAAACCGACAUCUUGGGCUGCUAUUGCAAGUAAACCUGCUAAGCUGCAACAACAGAAAAGUAAGUCAAAGCCCAUCGCAACCAUAGCUGGGGGAGUGCUGCCUCCAGCUCCACUGAAACACUCCAUGGACAUCGACACGUGGGACAACAAAGUUCCUGCCACAAAAGUGCUGCCCCCUCUGCCCCCCCACCACCCCCAAUCCCUCCACUCCCACACCAGCCUCAUCCCUCCUCUGCAACAGUCCAUCCAGUCCGCCCAGUCCUUGGUGCAACAGAUGACCAUGCCUGGCCCCCCUCAGUCCUACCAGAACCACAACCCUGCUCCCCCCCCGCAGACUCGCUGGGUGGCCCCUCGCAACCGCAACCUGUGCUACGGAGGUGGCAGUUUGGACAGCAGUGGCUCAUCUAAUGGUGGGAGUGUAGGAAAUGGAGGGGGAGUACUGGGGGGCAUGCCCUCUGGAUCUGAGCCCGGAGCAGAGUCCCACCCAGUUCUGGAGAAGCUUAGAGCCUCCCAUAGUUACAACCCCAAGGACUUUGACUGGAAUCUGAAGAAUGGUCGCGUUUUCAUCAUAAAGAGCUAUUCGGAGGACGACAUCCACCGCUCAAUCAAAUACUCGAUCUGGUGCAGCACGGAGCACGGCAACAAGCGCUUGGACUCGGCUUUUAGGUCAAUGAACUCGAAAGGGCCUGUGUACCUGUUGUUUAGCGUCAAUGGGAGUGGGCAUUUCUGUGGCGUAGCAGAGAUGCGGUCACCAGUGGACUAUGGCACCAGUGCUGGGGUCUGGGCGCAGGACAAAUGGAAGGGAAAGUUUGAUGUGAACUGGUUGUUUGUAAAGGACGUGCCUAAUAGUCAACUGCGUCACAUCCGUUUGGAGAAUAAUGACAACAAACCGGUCACCAACUCUCGCGACACACAGGAGGUGCCUCUGGAGAAGGCUAAGCAGGUGCUCAAGAUCAUCGCGCAGUACAAACACACCACCUCCAUCUUUGAUGACUUCUCACAUUAUGAGAAGAAGCAGGAGGAGGAAGAGGUGGUCAAAAAGAGCUAUGAGCCUGCCUCCAUACCAACCAGAUCCCGAAUUGAUCAGGAUCGCCAGAAGUGAACAACAGGAGACUGCCUCUGAUAGAAGACUGAUAUUAGAUUUAACAUAAAAAUACAUGGACAUAAAGAAAUUAUAACAAACUAAUAUUUUUCCUAUUUAAGUUUGGUGACUUUGGCCCAUUCAAACUGCGAGCCACAUUGCUCCCAGUCCUUACAAUGCGUGCAGGGAAGAAGCUCGUUACAUCAGUUCAAUUGCUUCAGAAAUAUAUUUUCUUGAUUUUUCUGUAUUUUUUAGCCUUAUAAAUCUCUAUUGCUAUUCCUGAAGUUGCAUUCUUAACAAAUAAGUAACAAAUAUCUGCACGUCUGUUUUAAAAAUCUCUUGACAACAUGCUGCUGAUAUUCAGUGACUGUUCACUUUGUGGUUUGUGUGUUGGAGAAAUGUUAAGUGCUUGUGUCAGUUAAACAACUUAUGAGUGAACUACACUUUAUCCACAAAACUGUCUGUUAUUAUCAUUGUGUGAGAAGUUGUAUUUUAUAUUAUCAGAAGAAAAAAUAAGUUCAGUUCCACCCAUUUGUUUAUGUAAGGGUGAUUUAGGUGAAGGAUUGUGUACACUGAAAGUCUCUGUAUGCAUAGACAUUUAUGUACAAGGUUGUGACAGUAGAAAGUAUUAAUGUUAGAAAAAUAUUUUGAGCAUUGUACUGGCUUACAUUUAAAAAGUUGCAUUAAAGUAGGUAUGCACCAUUUCUCUUCUGCUCUAUGGAGCCUUAAGCUAUCUUCUGCUGGUGGUAAUUUACUUUUAUGAUACUGUACCUCAAAUUUGCAAGAGAUUCAGAGAGAUUUCUAAAAUUUUAAAGAAAGUCCUUUCUUUCCUUAUUGAUUUGAUGCAGACACUUGUUUUUACAAUCUUGCUUCUGCACUGCGCUCUCCUCUGCACCCCUGGGAGAACAUGUAGCAUGUGCUGCUUUUUCAAAUUGAAGCCAGGCCAGUCACUUUGCGGUUUUUGUUAGUAACUUGCUUUAUUGUUCUUUAACUUAACUCUAAUAUUGGCAUUUUCAUUGCUAUAACCUGUCUUCAUAAUCCUUCACAAAUGUAAGCUUUAAUGUAUUGGCGUUUCUAACUGAGAUGCAGACGAUUUCUCGUUCAGUGUAUGAAAACCUACAUGCUAGGCUCUAUGGUAUAUGUUGUGAAUUUUCUUUUAAUUGCUUGCUGUAUUGUGUGUAUGCGAGAGCGAGAAUAAAGAGGCAGAAUGAUUGUGGAGCAGAGUUAUAUAACAUUAUUGGAAAUAUAUUACAUUUAUGCAAAAAGUCAAGUCACCCUCAAUUGUAUCUUCAUUGUAUCAGAGCUCACCAUCAGAUUCUUAGAUUUGAUCAUGUUCAUUAUUAAAGAUAUACUUAUCUGUU